GGGUGCGAUAUCGACGAUGGUGUUUCGGCGGAUUGGCAAGUGAGUGUGGUGGUGUGUUGGCGGUUGUCGCUACCGAUGCAAUCGAUUGACUGCGCACAAAAGAGGAUCUCGGGGAAAGACCAGAAGAUUCUACCGUGGCCUGGUGUGUGACACUUUUUCCUCUGGGUUUGGUGCAGCUCGGGUGGCUGUAGAGGCUGAAGGCACAGUGAGCCGAAAGAACAGCUUGACAAACUCCACGUCAACGUGAAUUUCGGGGUGCCCGCGUCCCGCAUCGGCUGGGGUUAGGUGGCUUCUCAGCCUGCCAAGCUUUUCUCCCGGCAGGCAAAGACCAUCUCUGUUUUAAACUGCCGCUUCCGUAAUCAGCAAUAUGUGGGGUAGAGGGGCAACCUUGCUGGACCUUGUCGGCCUUCAACUCCCAGGCACGAGUGAAUGACGAAGGCCUGAACAGCUGCCACAGCGCCACGGGAGGACCAUCAGAGAGAGCUUCCCCUCCAUCCGAGCUUUCACCAAACCCCAGUUUAGGAUUCUAGUUCUUACACUACAAUAUUUUAAACUAUUCAAGCUUCUCAUAAAGCUUAUUCCUCUUCAUAUUCACACGGAGGUCCGCGUGGAUCCGUGAAGCGACCCCCACUGCCCCAACUGUUCUUCACUGGUUUGCCUCCCAAAGCUGCCAUCAACUUGAUCUACCCACAUCAAUUCUUCCCACCGUCCCAAGCAAACAGCAAACAAUCCCGAUGCUUCUCCGGUUGCGAACGCCUGAUGGCAUGAUCCGCCUGACGGUGGAAAAGAGCAACACCUUCAAACAGCUCGCUGAGCAGCUGUUACCUCAGCUCCCCUCGACAGUCGACCCUCAAACCAUCCGGCUCUCCCCCCAGCCCAGCGGUGCCGAGUCGAAGCUCCUCUCUGAGAUUGCAAAGUACAAGUUGGAACAGAUAGGUUUAAACCAUGGAGACCUUGUGUUUGUCAGUUACAAGCAACAGGAUGCUGUUGCAGAUGGCAACGCAAACGGCGAUGCGUCCGCUCCAACCCUUCUCGCAAAGACAGCGCGUCUCAACGGAAAGCCGAUUCUCCCCACAGAGGACCUUCCCAUCGACCCACCACCAUCCAUCGACACCGAGGUGAAACACAUCAAGAACCCCUGGGAGGUUGUGAAGCAGUCCCCUCUUGACGAUAGACUGGACAAGAAGGAUGGCAAGAUUCCACGAGGGAAGGAUGCCAAAAUGUGCCGUCACGGACCCAAGGGGAUGUGCGACUACUGCACACCGUUGGACCCUUUCAACCAAACAUAUCUCGACGAAAAGAAGAUCAAGUACAUGUCGGUACACGCUUACAUGCGCAAGACGAACUCGGCGACAAACAAGCCCGAGCUGGGGAGCUCGUUUAUUCCUCCUCUUGUCGAGCCGUACUACAGAGUCAAGCGCGACUGCCCAUCAGGACAUCCACAGUGGCCGGAAGGCAUCUGCACCAAAUGCCAACCCAGUGCCAUCAUUCUUCAGCCUCAAACUUUCCGCAUGGUGGAUCACGUCGAGUUCGCUUCUCCGAGCAUCAUCGACAAGUUUCUUGACGCUUGGCGCCGGACAGGGGCACAACGGUUAGGCAUCCUCUAUGGUCGGUAUAUGGAGUAUGAGGUUGUGCCAUUGGGAAUCAAAGCGGUGGUUGAGGCCAUCUAUGAGCCUCCACAGAUCGAUGAAGUUGAUGGUGUCUCGCUCAAUGCUUGGGAAAAUGAGCAAGAGAUCAACCAGAUCGCCAAGUUCUGCGGUCUUGAGCAGGUUGGUGUAAUCUGGACUGAUCUUUUGGACGCCGGCAAGGGCGAUGGCAGUGCCGUAUGCAAACGACACGCAGACUCAUACUUCCUCGCCUCUCAGGAGGUUUGCUUUGCUGCUCGGAUGCAGGCUCAGCACCCCAAGCCAUCCAAGUGGAGUGAUGCAGGACGCUUUGGCUCCAACUUUGUCACUUGUGUCGUCUCUGGUAACGAGCAGGGUGAGAUUUCCAUUUCAGCUUACCAGAUGUCAAACGAUGCGGUAGAAAUGGUGAGGGCAGAUAUCAUUGAGCCUUCAGCCGACCCAACACAAAUGCUGGUGCGGGAGGAAGAGGAAGACGAUGGGUCUGUUAGCAGGACACGCUACAUCCCCGAGGUGUUUUACCGGAGGAUCAACGAAUACGGCGCCAACGUUCAAGAGAACGCAAAGCCAGCAUUCCCGGUCGAAUAUCUUUUCGUCACCCUUACCCACGGUUUCCCCGAGUCACCCAAGCCACUGUUCACCGACGAGGGCUUCCCGAUCGAGAACAGAGAAUAUGUUGGCGAGGCGCAACAACCUUCUGCUGUCGCCAAGGCUCUCAAGGUGAACCAAAAAGGCGACAACAGGCUGCCUGUCUCGGACUUCCACCUUCUCUGCUACAUUCACCAAAUGAGCGUCCUAUCCAAGGACGAGGAGGCUUUACUCUGCAAAGUUUCUACCCAUCAGGACUUGGCCGAAGCGUUCCAGUUGCGGGAGACGCCAGGGUUCCAAACCCUUAAGAUGAUCCUUGAAUCCACUGGCUGAACGAUACCCAACAAUGAGUUUGCUCCUCAUGGCCCGACAGGAGAGAGGAAAGACGAUGCUUUUGGUCCGGGAUACCGCGGACGAAAGCAGGGCUGUGUGGCUCCUAGAACCAUGUCUCUCACAUCAUUCAACUCGAACGUGGUGGGAGGGAUGAUCAGGGUGGAAUACCGAGCGGUUAAAGAGUUUGGUUUGCGGUGGUUUAACUUGACCCACCACGGUAUGGGGAUAAAUAAUAUAACCAUAAAUAGGCCGAAUCAAGCACAUUGAUGACAGGGGUUUUUGUUCAUGAGUCAAACAUUGGGCAUCUUCAAUGGAUAGAUAUCCGAGACCAAAAAUCAAGCAAAAUCCAAACGCCCCCCAAACAGC